ACUACUGCUGUUGCUGUGUGGCCUGAUUCUCAUCCUCUCUUUAGUUUUAUUCGCUCUCGAGGUUGUUCAGUGAACGUACUUCAAGUCUCAAGAAGACUAAACAUUGCCCUGAUUUUUACGCGUCGGAAGAAACUGACGUGGAAUGUCGUCGAGUUGUUGCGGGUCCAAAAAGCAGAAGGUGAAUCAUAAUCAGGCGAUGGUUCCUACCGCACAACCCUCGGGAAAAAUGAUCGCCUCUCCUGAGAUGUGUUUCUACUGCUUUGACGUACUUUACUGCCACUUGUACAGCCUUGAGCAGCCUAGGGCUCCCUCCUUUUCGAAUGAGGCUUUCCCUUUGUUUGUGACCUGGAAAAUUGGUCGUGACUUCAGAUUGCGAGGGUGCAUUGGCACCUUUGACGCAAUGAACCUGCACUCUGGACUGAGGGAAUACUCCAUUACUAGUGCCAUCAAGGACUCGCGUUUCAACCCCAUCUCGAAGGAUGAACUUCCUCGUCUGCACGUGUCGGUAUCGAUUCUGCGACAUUUUGAGAAUGGCAACGACUUUAUGGACUGGGAAAUUGGUGUCCACGGUAUUCGCAUCGAAUUCCUCAACGACCAUGGCAGCAGACGCACCGCAACCUUUCUUCCAGAGGUUGCACCUGAGCAAGGAUGGGACCACAUCCAGACGAUCGAUUCGCUUCUUCGCAAGGGUGGCUACAAAGGUCCUGUCACUCCAGAACUGCGACGGUCAAUCCGACUGACUCGCUAUCAAAGCGAGAAGGUGUCUGUCUCGUACCAAGAGUACUUAAACAUGUGGCGUGCACCGAGAUACGGUGACCUCGCCAGCAGUGGUGGCGGCAGUGGCAUGUACGGCGCUACGGCGUCAGAUGGUCAAUGCUAGUGAUCAGAAUUUGGCAGUACGUCCAUCGUACUGGUCUGCGUUUCUCAUUAAUGUUUUCUCUCAUUGUUCUAUCUCGGAAACAAACACGCACUCUUUUAAGUACCUUAAGGACAUAGCAGCCCUUUAUAUUCAUUUCUGGUGCGUAAUAUUUGUUUUUAGCUUAAGUAUUUUUGUUUUGAUAACGCCAGAGGUGGCUAAAGAUUUUCUGACAAGGAAAUUCUUUGUAUUCUAUGUUAUAGUUUUUGGUGGAUUCAUUGAAUUUUAUCACUGUUCAUUGAUAAGUGAAAUCUUUUACUCAAUUGAGCCUGUUAUAAAGCUCUAAAUGAAUAAAAUCCUUUUCGGAUACAAUAUAAAUAUUAGUUAGGAAAUAAUAUUUUGCAGUUUUUUUAUUAUUAUGAUUCUUUUUACAUUUGACGAGACAAAUCGAUUUAUGUGUCACUUUUCUUUUAUGUCUACAACCUUGAGUUUCUGUUACAGUAUGAAAUAAUUGACCAAAUUUUCCGAGCUGAUUUAACCAUUUCCGAAUUGUCUUAACACGAAAUUAUAACUAAGGUGGACAAAAACGUGUUUGAGUCAUUUUAAAAGCCUGCUGAAAUUAUCGAAUUGAAAAAUAAAAAUUUAGGCUAAAGAAAUUCAAUAAAGUCACCAUAAACUAAAAUAGAAUCCAAGGAGUUUCCAAUAAAGUUACUUCAUGUAAAAUGAAGAACCAUGUUCAGAACACAUUGUUGUUAUGUGUGUUGAUGCAGCCGAAAAUGUUGAAAAAAGUAUAUACUGCACUAAUAUGGUGGUUUGGAGUCGCGUAUCUCAUCAGCUGCUUAUAUAAUCUUACAUUAAGAUAAAUUUUAAGCUUUAAAAGCUGCAGUGAUUAUAAUUCACUUAAAAUUGACGUAACAAAAUAAAUUAGUCUCAAAUCUC